AAUGCUCUUUGUCCUUGAGUGUGUGGUGAGAGAGAGAGAGAGAGAGGAUGGGUGGAGAUGUUGGAGGAGAAGAGGCUGAAGCUGAACUGCCUCUGUUCGAAACAAAAGUGUCCAAGGGUAAACUUGCAUACAGGGUUUAUGCAGUCACGGUGUUGAUUGGGAUAUGCUCGAUAUGGGUAUAUCGGUCAAUGAACAUCCCAACAGCUGAAGAAGAGGGAAGAUGGGCUUGGAUUGGUAUGUUCAUGGCCGAGCUCUGGUUUGGUUUCUACUGGAUUAUUACUCAGUCUGCUCGUUGGAACGUUACCCAUCGUUUUACCUUCAAGGACAGGCUCAUAAACAGGUACGGGGACAAGUUACCGGCGGUGGACGUAUUCGUAUGCACGGCGGAUCCCACAAUGGAGCCUCCAACAAUGGUGAUCAGCACCGUCUUAUCGGUUAUGUCGUACAAUUACCCACCUGAUAAAUUGAGCGUUUACCUUUCCGAUGACGGCGGCUCGGAGUUCACUUUCUAUGCUCUCCUUGAGGCCUCUCGUUUCUCUAAGCAUUGGAUACCGUUUUGCAAGAAAUUCAGCGUGGAGCCCAGGUCCCCGGCAGCCUAUUUUGCUCAGAAUUCCAAACCAGAAGACCCAAAAGUUGCAAAAGAAUGGUUGGCUAUAAAGAAAUCAUAUGAAGAGAUGAAAUCCCGGAUAGAAUCAGCCAUUGAAAAGGGUAGUAUUUCAAAAGAUAUAGGGGAUCAACACAGAGGUUUUUCAGAAUGGAACUCAGAAGUGACGAAGCAAGAUCAUCAGUCCAUUGUACAGAUUUUAAUCGACAGGAGGAACCCGGAUGCAGUGGACGAUGAUGGACAUCAGUUGCCAACACUAGUUUAUGUGGCAAGAGAGAAGAGACCUCAUUUCCCUCAUAACUUCAAAGCUGGGUCCAUGAACUCACUGAUAAGAGUAUCCUCAGAAAUAAGCAAUGCGCCAAUUAUUCUUAAUGUGGACUGCGAUAUGUACUCAAAUAACUCAGAUGCAAUAAAAGAGGCACUCUGCUUUUUCAUGGAUAAAGAGAGAGGCCACAUGAUAUCGUAUGUGCAAUACCCGCAGAGUUAUGAUAACAUCACCAAGAAUGAUAUCUAUGCAAAUGUAGCCAGUGCAGUUCAUAAGAUUGAGCUUCGUGGCAUGGACGGAUGGGAUGGGGCCUUGUUCUGUGGCACAGGAUGCUUUCAUCGGAGAGAAAGCCUUUGUGGACUUAAGUUCUCCAAAAACUACAGAGGAGAAUUGAACAGUCUGUGCAAUGUAAUGAAAGACAGUUCUGUCCAUGAUAUGGAACAAGGAUCAAAAGUUCUUGCGAGUUGUAGCUAUGAGAAGGGCACACGAUGGGGAAAAGUGAUGGGAUUGGUGUACGGGUGUUUGGUGGAAGACAUCAUAACUGGAUUGACAAUCCAAUGCAGGGGAUGGAAACCAGUCUACUACAAUCCGGAAAGAGCGGCCUUUCUGGGUGUGGCUCCGAACACUUUAGAUAUAUCACUUGUCCAGCACAAGAGGUGGUGUGAAGGCAUGUUUCAUAUUUUCUUGUCCAAGUACUGCCCCUUCACAUAUGGUUAUGACAAGAUCAAACUGGGUGCCCAAAUGGGCUACUGUCUGUACCUUUUGUGGGCUCCUAACUCCAUCGCCUUGCUCUAUUAUCUUAUCAUCCCUUCUAUUUGCCUGCUCCAUGGCAUUCCUUUAUUUCCAGAGGUGUCAAGCCCAUGGUUCCUGCCUUUUGCAUAUGUAUAUGCAGCCAGGAAUGCUUGUAGCAUAGCCGAGGCCCUGGCAUGUGGAGACACACUCAAAGCAUGGUGGAACUCUCAACGGAUGUGGUAUUUUCGAAGGACGACUUCCUACCUUUUCGCCUUCAUCGACACCAUCACUAGGCAAUUGGGUUUCUCUCAAUCAGCAUUUUCCAUCACAGCUAAAGUGGUCGACGACGAUGUGUUGGAGAGGUACGAGGAAGGGACCAUGGAGUUUGGAACCUCAUCAGUCAUGUUCACAAUCAUAGCAACGUUGGCUUUGCUGAACUUUUUCGGCUUUACUGCGGGGAUUUUGAAAGUCAUUUGGGGUUAUGGUUUCGCCGAAGGCUUGACUGUGCAAAUUGGUCUUUGCUUGGUAGUGGUUAUCAUUAAUUUGCCGGUGUACCAAGCACUCUUCUUGAGGGAUGAUAACGGCCGGAUUCCGUCUUCGGUUAUGUUUAAGUCGCUUGUUCUGGCUUCAUUGGCAUGCCUGAUUCCUGUGUAUUGAGUGAGGCAGGUUGAGCAAAAGAAUGGUUAUAAGGAUGUCUGUAUUUUCAUGAUGAAUUUAAUGGACUUCUAAUAUCCGUGAUGACUCGUGAGGUUCGUUUAUGAUUUGAGGUUACGAUGAUUUUUUUCCUUUGAAA